AUGACAUCAAGUGUGAUAGUGAAAGAUGAAAGAAACAGCAAGGCAAUGUCAAUUCAGAACUUGAAAGAGAAGUCACAGAUGCAGUUACAGUCAGAAUCACACUUCACAGAACUCACUCAGUCAGUAUCAGAGCCAGAGUCAAAGACAGUCAAUGCAAGUGAAUAUAACAUCUCUGAGAAUGGACCCUUGAAGAAAACUCAUGCUACAGUUGAUGACUCUUUUGCAUGUCAUCUUGAGCCAGACACAAGCGGCCCACAUAUUCUGCUACAUCAUGAGGCUAGGGAAGAGCAUCUUGAAUUUCUCCUGUGGGCGCUCAUAUGGCAGUCAGAGGAUGAUGUUAUGAAGGUUCAUCUGAAUCAGCUCAAAUGA